AAACAUUUCAUCUUGUAUGUGCCACUUCAAAGUUCUUGGUCUUCUAUUGAGGAGAUCUUCGAUGUUCGGUGAAAAAAAGUAUAAGUAAUUCAUGAUAUUCCAUCGAAAAUCUUCCUUUUCCUUGAUUUCUUAUUCAUUUUCAUCUUCUCAUUUACAUGUUCUCAUUCCAAUUCCACGGUCGCAUCAUUCAUUAUUUCAUCCUACUACCAUAAUUUCACCUCCAUAUAUCAUACCUUCCAUAAUAAAACCCUUCCAUCAACUCAUCAUGCCUCGUCUUAAACGCCCAAUUGAACGAGAUGAGAAUGUCGAAGCAAUUGACUGGAGUCAAUGUCUAGUCACCCAAUUAAAAGCCGAGCUUGAACGUCGCCAACUUCCCAAAACUGGCAAGAAAGCAGACUUGAUAGCACGUCUUCGGGCGUCCGGUGAUGGAACAUUGAUCACUGAACCCGAUGCUCCUAUUAUUCCCAACCUCUCUGUUGAAGCUGGCCCUUCUACCACUUCUGAUGCACCACCCAAGAAAAAGAGAGCUAAGAGGGAAAAGAGUCCAGAUGUUGUGAUUGAAGGUCAACUUGCUUCCGAAGUUAUCAUUUACCAGAAUAUUGAUACACGUACGGGAGAGAGACGUGAGAGAGACUUUAUUCCUGAGCCUGAUGCCAAGUUUAAGGAUAAGGUUAAGCGGAUUCGAAAGGAGCGGAUGUUUAUGUUGAAUAGACAGAGAGUUGUUGAUGCAAAAGGAAGAGAACGUGAGGAUUUCGAUAUUGCUGGUAGUACUGGUAAUAUUUAUCAAACCAAGAUUGGACGUUCCCCUAGUUGUACUUGUAUGGAUGCAGUAAGUGAUUUACUCUCUUUCCUUGCUUCAUUUUUUGCUGACAAGAAACCAGAGAACUCGUGGUCAGAAAUGCAAGCAUAUCAAUUGUAAGUAUUUUCAAACUCCAUGUCGCGUCCAGUACUAAUUCAAUAUAGAUGCAUUAAUCAUCAUCUACAAAGCACCAAUGCAUCUCUGCUAUCAACAAGCAUUCCUAUCUCAUGAACUCGAAUACAUCUGGUCUAACGCGCCGGUCACACGCGCCCCUGAUGGACAUGACCACAACGAGCCUGAAGAUGAAACUAUCUACAAUGGCAAACGCAAACCUAUCGAAAGCGAAUGUCCUAUCUGUGUCUUUGAAAUGGAUCCCGCUACUGAAGAGAUUGUUUGGUGUAAAGCAGCUUGUGGUCAAAAUUUCCACAAAGAUUGUUUUACUCAAUGGAAAGCUAGCAGGCGAGGUGGACUCGUUACUUGUGUUUAUUGUCGUACUCCAUGGCAAGAAGAUGAUGUUGCUCCUAGACCUGUUCCGGGUAGUUUGGCUGCACUAAAGGAUACGGCACCUAAAGUUGGUAGUUACAAGAAUAUUGGUCACAUGGGUAUGUAUUCUGAAGCUGCGGCGGAGGAGUAAUGGAUGGAUGAAUACUGCUUUAAACUGCCGUUUUAAAAUGGAGAGAGCAACGGAACUGCAAUGUGCAUGGAGAAUACUCAUAGCUGGAAUGUUUCAGGGCGUUGCUUCAAGGUUCACAACACAAAUAUUACGAUAUCACGACAUCCCUUUCUUUUUUCCACACGAAUUUAACGAAGAGUGGGAGAGAGCGAGAUGAUAUACCCAUUUUCUUCUAUCUGCUGUGUGUAUGUAGCGCUUCUUAGAUCUAACAUUCGCUGAAUUAAGAAUUUCACCCUUUUCAACUAGCUAUU